AUGGCAGAGCCGGAAGACCUUGAAGAAGAUCUUUUUGCCGAUCUAUAUGAGGCAGACGAGAAAACAAACCACGCGGUACCUGGGACCGAUGCUACGACAGCUGCCGAGCCAGCCUUCUCAACUCCCGGGGCAUUUUAUGCAGACAACAACGGCACGCAAGAUUAUGGCAACACCCAGUUUGAAGCAGAAGAGAACAGGGGCUAUGACCAGCCGUAUGAUGGAGGUCACCAGAAUGGCGCUGGCGGUCUAGAUACUGCCCCGAUCAAUAGUGAAAUGGGUACUGCCGUAGAUUCUGAGCCUCAAGGGACGGGAAUAAAGGAAGAUGGGUAA